AUGGGAAAUAACCCAGUCUUUGCAGUGACCGUGUUCUUCAUCGUCUUCCGAGAAUGUCUCGAGACAACUGUUGUGGUGUCGGUUCUGUUGGCCUUUCUGAAGCAGUCUCUGGCGCCAGAUGUUGGCGGUGAUAGUGUAAUGUACAAAAGCCUUCGAAAACAGGUCUGGGUCGGGUGCGCAUUAGGACUGUUCAUUUGCCUUGCGGUGGGCGGCGGCAUGAUCGGUGCAUUCUACAGUCUCGGAACCGAUACCUUCGCGAACACAGAGUAUAUUUGGGAAGGCGUUUUGGGGAUCAUUUCAUCCAUGAUUAUCUCUGUCAUGGGCGGUGCGCUACUUCGGGUGUCUAAGAUCCAGGACAAAUGGCGGGUGAAACUGGCCAAGGCACUACAACACAAGGCAACCGCAGGCGAGUUGCAGCAGAGCCGAAUAAAGAUGUGGAUGGAGAAAUAUGCCAUGUUCGUUUUGCCUUUUGUCACGGUUCUCAGAGAAGGUCUUGAGGCUGUGGUUUAUGUGGGUGGAGUUGGGCUGGGACAGCCUGCAACUUCCUUCCCGCUGGCGGUGGUUUGUGGCCUUGCUGCUGGGAUUUUGAUUGGGUACAUUAUUUACCGGUUUGGGCGAACAACAUCUAUGCAGGUUUUUUUGGUCAUCUCUACGGGCUUCCUCUACCUCGUCGCCGCCGGUUUGCUCUCCCGUGGUGUCUGGUACUUCGAAGCCAAUACAUGGAACAAAGUGAUUGGAGGAGAUGCAGCAGAAACGGGUACUGGGCCUGGAUCAUACGAUAUUAGACAGAGUGUCUGGCAUGUGAACUGCUGUAGCCCGGAAAUUGGAGGGGGCGGUGGUUGGGGGAUCUUCAACGCCCUCCUGGGAUGGACUAACUCGGCCACGUAUGGAUCUGUCAUCUCUUACAAUCUAUAUUGGAUAUGUGUGAUGAUCUGCUACGGCACCAUGAUCUACCGUGAGAGAGCAGGGCCCCUUGCGGUGAUUGACCCGGCUAUCAAUCGGAUUGCUGCAUACAAGGCAAAGACCAAGACAGCUAUUCUUCGUCGACCGUUGGAGAUAGCGACAUAUCCUAGGGAAGUGGUUGGUAGUAGUGGUGUUGAGCGAGGGAAGAAUGCCAGUGUCCCCCUUCUUAUCCAAUCCAGCUGGGCCAAAACUGUCACGUACGACUUCAAUAUCACCUGGGUUACAGCCAAUCCUGACGGGCUACACCCGCGAAAAGUCGUGGGGAUCAACGGGCAAUGGCCUCUGCCAGUAAUUGAAGUGGAUAAAGGGGAUCGUAUUGUCGCGAAUGUGUACAAUGACCUCGGCGAUAAAGACACCUCAAUCCACUGGCAUGGCAUGUUCCAAAACACCACGAAUAACAUGGACGGCCCCUCAAUGGUGACCCAGUGUCCAAUUCCCCCUGGGUCUUCCUUCACCUACAACUUUACGGUGAAUCAGAAUGGGACUUAUUGGUACCACUGCCAUACCGACGCCUGCUACCCGGAUGGAUAUCGCCAGGCUUUGAUCGUGCAUGAUAAAGAUGCUUACUUCAACGAUAUGUACGAUGAUGAAUACACUCUUACGUUGAGUGAUUGGUACCACGAGCUAGUAGAGGAUAUUACCUUUAUCAGUGUGACCAACCCUACUGGUGCUGAGCCGGUUCCGAAUUCGUUUCUCGUGAAUGACACCCAGGGGUCAAGUUUGACCGUUGAGCCCGGCAAGACGUACUUGCUAAGACUGAUCAACAUAGGGGCGUUUGUCGGGAUGUACUUCUACAUUGAAGAUCACUCGUUCACGAUCGUUGAAAUGGAUGGGGUAUACACGGACCCAACUGAAGCCGAUCUUCUUUACAUCGCAGUUGCCCAACGGUAUUCCAUUCUGGUCACCACAAAGAACUCGACAGCGAAAAAUUACCCCAUAGUCACUAUUGCGGAUUCGUCCCUACUGGAUGUCAUAGAACCCGAUCUCCAGCUCAAUCAUACCAACUGGUUAGAAUACAAUUCUACGGCCGAUCAUCCUCAGGGUGUGAUGACAGUAAGCGACUCAUCAGACCUAACCCCAUUCGAUGAUAUGACCCUCAUCCCCCACGAUCGGACUCCUCUCUUCCAAGAUCCCGACGUGGUGAUCGAGGUCACAGUCAUUAUGGACAAUCUCGCGAACGGAGCCGGCUACGCCUUCUUCAACAACAUCUCCUAUACCAAGCCAAAAGUGCCAACCCUAUACUCAGUGCUUUCAAGCGGAGACCUGGCAACAAAUCCAACAGUCUAUGGUGAAUACACGCAUCCCAUGGUACUAGGGCGUGACCAGGUAGUGGAGAUUGUGCUCAACAACGGCGAUACCGGUUCGCACCCCUUCCAUCUCCACGGGCACAAUUUCCAAGUCAUCAACCGAUAUCCCUCAUACGCCGACGGUUUCUUCAGCUACGCAGACAGCGACGAUCCAGUCACCUAUGACUCAGCCAACCACUCGUCGUUCCCGGCCUACCCAGCCAGACGAGAUACCUUCGUUGUCCCUCCCCAAGGCUACUUCGUCGCCCGUUUCGUAGCAGACAAUCCAGGAGUCUGGCUCUUCCACUGCCACAUCGACUGGCACCUGAUGCAAGGACUCGCAAUGGUGUUCAUUGAAGCCCCGUUAGAGAUUCAACAGCGAACAACAGUGCCAGACGACCACUGGGCAGCAUGUGCGGCAGGGAAUGUGUCGGAUAAAGGGAACGCGGCCGGAAACACGGAGGACCUACUUGACUUGACCGGACAGAAUAAGCAGCUUGCGUGGUUGCCUGCUGGGUUUACAGCUAGGGGGAUUGUGGCGAUGGUGUUUUCUUGUAUCUCGGCUGUGCUAGGGCUGGGGUUCAUUGCUUUCUACGGGAUGUCAGGGCUUCCGGCUCCUGAGCGGGCGCAGGAACAGGGGGAAGUAGAGGAUAGUUCAGAUGGUAGGGCCGCACCCUCAGGGUCAGGGGCGUUGACAGGUGAAUGA